AUGUCAUCAGUUACAAAAACAAUUUAUAAUUUAUUUUUUCGUCGUUCGGCAACAAUUGCCUUAUCAGUUGUUGUUGGUGUAUUUGCUUAUGAACGUUUGAUAGAUAAAACAGCGGAUUAUAUGUUUGAACGUCGUAAUCAAGGCAAAUUAUGGAAACAUGUUCAAUCACAAUUUAAAAUGCCAACAGAUGAAGAAGAAGAAUCAUCUGAAUAA